AUGUUUGGAAAGCGCAACGACGAGCAGUUGGAGGCUCAGAAGAAGAAGCAAAUGGACAUCCAGCCUCCGGAGCCUCAGCCGCAACCGCAACGCAACCUCGAGAAGAUCCGCGAGCGCCAGAUGCCCAUAAUGUACCAGCCACAGUCAUCAGGUACUUACCAAUAGGUUGCCUUAUAUGAAAGCUAGAUGUAGAAUAAAAUGAUUGAAAAGUGACUAGUGAUAUUAGAAGCACUGUUUCAAAACGAAAUAGGAGAAAAACUUUACUCUUGUCUUUUCGAAUAUUUAUCAAUUUCCAUAUAACAUCUAAUUUAUCCAAUUUCUGAUGAUUUUGGAACGAAGUUCAACUAAAAAAUGUAGUUGGGUUCUUAAUUUGAUGUUUGAUGUGUAUUUGGUUAAACUCACAGAACUGACAGUGAGAAAUGUGGCUCGGGCGAAAAAACAUUUAAAGUUUCAAAGCAAAAGUUUUAAAAAAUGGAUGAAAGAAUUUUUAAAAGCCAAUCAGUUUUUAAAAAGAUGAUGAAAGUUUGAAUCUAUCAUACUCUGCUCUAAGAAUUAUUCAAAUUAGGUUAAUUAGGAGGAUAGCUCUGGAAAUUUCACAACUGUGGCAUUUUGUUAGAUCGAGAAAGAGUAGCGAUUCAGUUUCUGGAAUUUCAGACGGCCGCGUGCGUUCUGACUCAAUGAGUAGCGAUGCUUCGUUUUCAACAGACCGCCGUCAAAGCUUCAACCUUGUCGACUCGCUUGAGCCAAGCCUGUACCAUCCGCGAAGCACUGCCGUCCAGCUCGCUUCCGACGACUUCACCUGGUCCAUGUAA